AUGACACCUGCUCCAUUAACCAAAACACUCGAAUUCGAGAAAAAGAACCAGAACAUGCCAAAACUCCCCAAACAUGUGAAAGUCCAAAAGCGCCCGAUCCCACAUCCAUCCACUCCCUCCCCAUACUCAGGCUCCUCGUCACCCAAAACCAUCUACGUUUCAUCCAGCUCCCCCACAAUGGGCGUUGUCAAGCGCGUCCAGAAGUACCUUCGGGCGGCGGAGAACCGCGCCACGGCAAAAUUGCUCAGCGGAAAUAACAAGGGAAAGAAGGGCGACCGAAGGAAUCAGUUCGCGCAGUUGGCGCGAAGUAACGAGGCGUUGAAGAAGGAGGAGGUGUUUGUGAAGGCCACGGGGCGGGCGAUGGAGAGGGCAUUGAAGGUGGGGAAGUGGUUUGAGGCGAGGGGAGAGGAGUAUACUGUGAGCGUGAAGACGGGGAGUGUCCUUGUGGUUGACGAUGUGGUGGAGGAUGAAGAAGAGAGGGAGAAGGCGGUAGAGGAGAGCGAGAGGAUGAAAAAGGAGGUUGAGGAAGCAAAGCUGAAGGGUGAGUAUGGGGAGUUAACCAAGUCGGCGAUGCGGAAGAGAAAGAGGGCUGUUGCGCGGUUGGAGGGCGAACAGGAGCUGCCGGAGACGAGGACGAGGUGGGUGAAUAUGGUGGAGGUGGCAGUUUCAUUGAAGUGA